AUGGCUGCCGGCAAUAAUGGAGCGGUUUUUUUCUUAGGAAGCAGAGCUCAUUAUGAGGUUUUAGAGCAACCAAACAAUUAUGACAUCGAAAAUGGAAAUACAUCAACAGAAACAAUUUACCAAAACCAAUCCGUAGAGGAGCUGUGGCCAAAUAAGCAGGCGAACCAACAUGGCGACUUUGACGCCAAUUAUAACCCGGAAACGAUUAAUUGGAACUAUUGCGAUCAAAAUAACCCUGUGAUAUGUGAAGCGAAUAUGCCAGUGAGCUGUGUCAAGCGCCGCGUCAAACGUCGCUCGAGCGAGACUUUGCUGUGUGAUGAAAAACCUACCAUAAUGAAUACCGUUGACCAAGACGAACAUUCAAAAUCGAAGCCAUCUUGCAGGGUAUCCCUGCUCUCCUUCUUAGCAUCACUCGCGCGCAAGAAGCGUAAUAUAGAGUCGGAGCAAGUGCAGUAUCUGCAACAUUUUGGUUCAGAACUAACGAGCUGCACGUACAGGGAGUCGUGUAGGUGUCUGGAUUGUCAGAGUCGUUACUUUGAAUGUGAGGACAGUGAUGAAUACAGUUCUGAUGAUGAUUAUGCCUCUUACAAUCCACGUGACGUCUGUAAUCAGGCUAUCGUUGAUUUGGAUGAUGAUGUGUUCAUAACUACUGGUCCCGAUAAUGACAAUACAUCAACAGAUCUCCUGUUAGACGAUGAGCAGGAAGAGGAGCCAUCAGUGCAGGAAAUAAUGGGAGACGAAGACACAGAUAAACAGCUGCAAAUGGAGGUCGCUGCGAGCACCUCUGCCAUGUUCAACAUACUUCUAUACCAUCCAUUUUCAUGUGCUAUACAAUAAGUGAUGCAACGCCUCAGAACAGAUCGGCAAUGGAAAUGACAUGGCUAUGUGUUCGUUAUUAUUGAAAUGAUAUCGUGUUCCUAUUUCGAUCUCAGAUAUAAAGACUGAGUAUACAGAAUUUGAUGUCAUUUCCGUUACUCUGUUCUGAUUCGACAAUAUAUAUUAUAUAAUAUAAUACAUUUACACGAUACACAGUAGCUUCCCAUCACUUAAGAUGUAGAUUUAUAAGUAAGUCACUGAUAUAUUCAAUUAAUUAAAUAGAUAGUUAAACACAGACGCACAAGAAGUCAUUGGUAUGUAUUAUGAUACUUCCACGUAUCUAUAGUGUAAUGACCCCUUGAAAUACUUUACAACAAUGGGUGUUCAUAUUUAGACUUAGGCAAAAUGUAAUCAGAAUAAUAAUAACGAUUACAUUGUGUAAUCAUUAAUCACGAUUACAUUGUGUAAUCAUUAGUCACGAUUACAUAUUUACUUUGAUUGAUUCUUAAGAGGGCACGCAGGAAUGUGGUACUUACUUAAGUCACUUUGUUGUUUAUUUCAAUCGUGAUUGAUGUUUACAUAUUGCAAUUAUAAUCGCUAAUCAUUAAUCUGAUUGUAUUUCGCCCAAGUAUGUUGCCCACUUUCCAACUCUUUGCUGCCGACUUAAUGCUUUUCAUUGAAAUUCUAUAUUUCUACAUUCCUCUUCAAUCAAUGCUUUGUGAGAAGUGGAUGCGAUAGGUUUGUGCAUUAAUAUCACUAUAAGCCUAGUCUUGUUUAUCUAAUAAUUAACUAUAUACGUAUUAAUAAAUAGAGGGGUAUCGGGCACAGAGACUUUUCCGAUGUAUACCCUAUUUAAUGCACACCUUAAUACGCAACCGAUCAAAUAUAUAAAGAUUAAACCAUAGACAAUUGGUUUGAUAUUUAUUUUCAACAGAUUAAAGCGAUUUUCUCAUCGACAGGCGACCCUUAAACUGGUUUUAAAAGUAUUGCAUUGCAAAAGUCCUGUUAACAGUGGAAAUAAAAAUUCAACUUGUUCCCUUGUGCGUAUUACUGUAUUCUUCUCUAUUAAAUAUAUUUAGAUGUAAAGGAAUAUGCUGCUAAAUUGCAGUGUAAGUUGUUAUAGCCGUAGUGCCUACACUGGCUCACUCACCGUUCAUAUAGUUGUAGUCUAGUGAGCAGGUGGUACCAACAAGAGCGACCUUGGCCUUUUCAAUAAAAAAAUGUCUGAUUUUUAAUGGACACAGAUCCAUGAAAGUUAUAGAAGAACUAGGGUUUUAUUGAAAGUGUGAAAUGUAUUAAUAUUGAUUCACGCAGUUGGUUAUUUGUUCGUUAACAUUUUGAUUCGGAUUAAGGACGGUUAUAGUUUUGCAACACGCUUUAAACAUACAUACAUUAAGCUAAUAUACUAUGUAGUAUAGAUUUAUGGUAGAUAAACACGAAAAACAUUCUUAAUAUACAUGAAUAAAAACAAUAGGAAUUUAGUUAGACAAUAUUAGUAUCAAAUAUUUAAAAUCGCGAACGUUUACUUAACGUCAUAGAUUAAUAAAUCAGGAGCCAUUGUUCUCUUAGAUUAAUAAACUCAACGAUACAACUUCUGUUAAGCAAAUUCUAUGCUACAUAGUUUGACAGGACAUGAAACACUUGCUACCCUCUCUUUUACUCCCAGUAAUUGAGAUGGAGAUAGCAAUAUUUCAACUCCUAUUAAUUUAGUUUAGGUAUAAUGUGUAAAAGAAGUAGCACAAAUACAAGCUAUUAUUAGUCAGGUAACUUAUACUUCGUAAAUAUAUGAAUAAAUAUUAAAAAUAUUAAAAAAAAGAGUAGACUGUUCCUUCAUACAUAGUAUUAACUAUGUCAAAUAUAUCGCUUGUUAUUUGAUCACACUGAUAACAUUAUUCUUAUUAAUAAUUAAAUAUAUUAAAAACGUUACAUACAAUUACUCUAGCAAUGUUGAAGUAUGAGGCUAGGUUCAGACCUUCGUCAAAUAAAUUUUAAUUCAAUCACUAUUCACGACUAAUUAGUAAGCAUAAAAUCACUACAUUAAAUGUAAAAUUAUAUGUUUAAGGUAUCUAUAUAUGCUCUGAAACAAUAAAAACAAUGUUAUAUGUUUGACUUUACUUCUUUAAAAAUUAUGAUUACACCAUACGUAAAUAUUAUUUAAAAUGUGUUGAUUGCGGCCUACUUUGUCUAUUCAUUUAUUUUAUUAUUUGUAAAUAACUAAUUUACAGCCUAUUCAUAUCGUAGGAGUAAAGAUAACAUCAGUACAGUACAGUACAGUAACAGCCUGUUAAUGUCCCACUGCUGGGCUAAGGCCUCCUCUCCCUUUUUUAAGGAGAAGCUUUAGAGCUUAUUCCACCACGCUGCUCCAAUGCGGGUUGGUAGAAUACGCAUGUGGCAUAAUUCCAAUAAAAUUAGACACAUGCAGGUUUCCUCACGAUGUUUUCCUUCACCGUCAAGCACGAGAUGAAUUAUAAACACAAAUUAAGCACAUGAAAAUUCAGUGGUGCUUGCCCGGGUUUGAACCCACGAUCAUCGAUUAAGAUUCACGCGUUCUAACCACUAGGCCAUCUCGACUUCUUAAAACAUAAAGGAUAAUAUUCUUCAUCUUACUUUAUUGUACACCGCACAGAAAAAAAAAAUACAAGACAUGGAUACAUCGUAAUAAAAAGUAGCAAACAAUUUUGGCGACCUUAUCGCUACAUAGCGAUGUCUUCUAGGCAACCAACGGUGUAAGUAAUAACUCAUAAACAUAACAUACCUUACUUCUCUCGUGGUUGACAUAGAUUGUAGAGUCUAUCAGACGGAGGAAUAUUCCUCUAAGCCUUCAUCUGCUACAAAUUAACACAUUUUUUAUUUUAAUUGUAAAUAGGUACUUAUUUGAAAUGCUUAUUGGGGUCCAAUAAUCCAUUGUUGCUCA